AUGUUGUUUGAGCAGGCAUGUGCAGUAAAUGUCAUUAUACUGCCUUUUCUUUCAGACAUCAUUCUUAACUUUCGCACCACCUAUGUGAGUCAAUCAGGACAAGUGGUGUACGAGCCUCGCUCCAUCUGUCUGCAUUAUGCUACCACAUGGUUCUUUGUGGAUCUGGUGGCCGCCCUGCCCUUUGACCUGCUCUAUGCAUUUAAUAUUACUGUUACAUCUCUAGUGCACCUGCUGAAAACUGUGCGAUUGUUGCGUCUGUUGAGACUCCUGCAGAAGUUGGACAGAUACUCACAGUACAGCGCCAUGGUGCUGACGCUGCUUAUGUCCAUGUUUGCUCUUCUGGCUCACUGGAUGGCCUGCAUCUGGUACAUCAUUGGGCGAAAAGAGAUGGAGACCAAUGCAAGUGGAGCCUGGGACAUCGGCUGGCUGCAUGAGUUGGGCAGGCGUUUGGACAAGCCCUAUAUGAACAGUACAUUUGGUGGUCCCUCGGUUCGCAGUGCCUACAUUGCCUCUCUGUAUUUUACCUUGAGCAGUCUGACCAGUGUGGGAUUUGGUAACGUUUGUGCUAACACUGAUGCUGAAAAGAUCUUCUCUGUUUGUACUAUGCUCAUUGGAGCUCUCAUGCACGCCGUGGUGUUUGGAAAUGUAACAGCUAUCAUCCAGCGCAUGUACUCACGUCGCUCACUAUAUCAUACGCGCAUGAAAGAUCUAAAGGACUUCAUUCGAGUUCACCGGCUGCCACAACAGCUGAAACAACGAAUGCUGGAAUAUUUCCAGACCACCUGGUCUGUGAAUAAUGGCAUCGAUGUCAAUGAGCUCUUGCAUGAUUUUCCUGAUGAGUUGAGGGCAGAUAUAGCCAUGCACUUAAACAAAGACAUCCUGCAACUGCCUGUGUUUGAAGCUGCCAGUCGGGGUUGCCUGCGCUCACUGUCCCUCCACAUCAAAACUUCUUUCUGCACCCCUGGAGAAUAUCUCAUCCGACAAGGGGAUGCAUUGCAGGCCAACUACUUUGUCUGUUCUGGGUCACUGGAGGUUCUAAAGGACAACAUGGUCUUGGCUAUUCUAGGAAGAGGAGAUCUGAUUGGCUCGGACCUGCCAGGCCAGAAUCAUGUAAUCAAGACAAAUGCAGAUGUGAAGGCACUGACAUAUUGUGACCUGCAAUACAUCAGUGUGAAAGGUUUAAGCGAUGUGCUUGAACUAUAUCCUGAGUAUGCCAACAUCUUCACUAUAGACAUCCACCGAAACCUCACAUAUAACCUGAGAGAGGGCAGUGAGACUGAGGUAAGCCAAUUCAUUAAUUACCCAGACUCCAGUGUCUCAACUGAGAAUAAGCGUCCAUCCGUUGUAGAAAAGGCUGAUGAUCCAGACAAGUACUUUCAUGUUCCAUCUGCUUCCAGUACAUGUAGGAAUCUACUUCUGCCCAAUCUAGGCAGCCCUGUGCGACGAACAUCUUUAGGGAACCUUUUAGGAGAGGAGUUAAUGCAAUUCAAUGCCCUACGACAUUGUCGUUCACCUGUCAGGGGCUGGAGUCCAAAUCCCUCUCCAAAACCUCCAAGCAAAGUACAGAAACAAACCCAGCAACCUUCAUCUACACCUAAACCCAUCCAUAAAACACAAACAGAUUCUGGAAGUACGGCACGCAAACCUGCCAAACUGCUCAUCCCUACUCUCAACUGCUUUGGACCACCAGAUCUUAGUCCAAGAGUUGUAGAUGGAAUUGAAGACAAUGGGCACGUGUUUCAUUUCAAUGUUGAGGACACCUCUACCAAAGGUACUACAGAGACAUCACUGAGUAGUAAGACACUGGAUGGCUCUGGCCAGGUAAAUGCUUCACUGCUACAGGAGACAAAGGAAGUGAGAGAAACUAUUGCCCAGCUUAACAAGAAGAUGGGCAACCUGAAAGAGGAAGUGGCUAAUCUAACAAAAGAUCUGCAUCACAUAAUGCACCUGCUUCAAGCACAUGUAGCUGCUCGGCAUUAUGCUGCACCUUUCUCCUCCUGCCCCUAUGGAGUCCACAUGAUGUCCAGUUCUGCUGUCAGCAUGUCUCCGACCUACAUUUUGGGUUCCAAUAUCCACAUGCAGCACAAAGACCAUGUUGUCUCUGAGGGUCUUCUGGGAUCCACAUCAUGGAAUCACAGUAGAGCUAGUGGUGGGUCUGGUUUUGCUCAGCACACUGAGAAACAGGGACACUUUCACCAGCAUGAGCACAUUAAACAGUCUACAGUUCCAGCAAAUGACCCCUGUUCCCAUGACUGGAGUUCCAUUCUUACAUCAUCCUCGUCCAGUAUCAGUCAUCAUCACUUCUCUAGUGGUCCAGAAACUCAAGGACCAACACCUAGAGAGGCCCCACGACCAGAGGGUUUAUUAUUGAGUGUUUGUCCUGGAGAUGGAGCCCAUGCCAGUACGAGCCAAUCACAACCUGUUUUGCAGAACUUGUUUCCUCAAAACUUGGGUGGUUCCGGUUUGUCCUGUAAGGUCACACCUAGCUCGUAUCCACAUUUACAAAUUUCCACAGAACCAUCUAUUUCCCACUCCACUUUAACCUUGGGUGAAGUGCACAGGACGUCAAAAGUGGGCCUCAGUCACAACCAGAAUUUGGUAUCUUCCACUUUUCCAGAAGAGCAUUCUCCACCCUCUCUAAAGGAAUCGGGCAUAAUUCCCUGUUCACUUAUAGAAUCAUCUGAGGUACAGCACACCAGUCAAGAGUGCCUGCUGGGUAACCAAAGGCUGGGUAAAGACAGUGAAACAUCAGAGAGCAGGUCUAGCGAGUCCAGUGUAGGACUUUGCAGCCAAUCUGAGAGCUCAGAGACCACUUGGUGCCUGGAUCUAAUAGACUGACACGAUGGAAGACUACAAUCAACAAUAACAACACAAUGACACAUUUAUCUUUUAUUAUGGAUUUCAUAACAUUGUUCUAUUAUAAUUAAAUGGAAAGCACUUGCUCAGUGGUUAAUCGUGUGGACAAUCACAAAGCCCCCGUUUCACUAAUAGGGUGUCUUUGCUGGUGCCUGAUCCCUUGCCAUUCCACUUCAGAAAAGGGCAGUUGGUGAGUGUGGAAGAAAUGUAAUCUUUUCAUUAAUAUAUAAUAAAAUAGGAAGAAGUCGGCUCAGCAAAUAAUCAUUUAGAAUGCCUCAAAGCAAGAUUUCUAACAGUAGGGUCUCUUUGCUGGAGCCAAAGGCAGUGCCCGGACUUUCCCAUUACUCUGUUGAAAAAGGAAGCUCCAAAGCCAGUACCUGGAAUCCUUUCCCAUUCCACUAGAGGAAAUGGAAGCUCCAUUGUGGGACACAUUUGUGCCAGAACAGCCUCAAGAACCUGCUAGUCACAAAUAAGGAGCCACUGAAUGUCAGUGGCUUGGCCCUGAUGUCAUUACCAAAAACACGGUUCCUGGCAUUCCAUCCUAAUCACAGAAGUUGUACAACUAUGCAAAGACGCAUGUGCAAUGGAGAGCAACUCUUAAAAAUUUGUGACUGUUUGUUGUCAGUACAGUAAACGUAUUAGUUGUUUACUGUGGACAUCCAAAGACAUUACAUGAAUCACUUUUAUUAUUUAUUAAUUUAUUUAACUAUGGGUUAAAAUGUUUAUUCCUAUAAAGGAAUAGUUCAUUCAAAAAUGAAAAUUACCUCAUCAUUUUCUUUCAUCUGUUGAACAUGAUAUUUUGAAGAAUGCUCGUUACUCAUCGACGUCUAUGAUAGUAAAGAAAUCAUUAUGGAAGUCAAUAGGUCCCAACAACUAGCAUUUUUUAUGUUCAACAGGAAACUCAAACAGGUUUGAACAAGUAAAGGAUGAGUAAAUGGUGACAUUUUUGAGUGAACUAUCACUUUAAAAACAUUCUGAAAUGUUGAAUAAUUAAAGGAUUGUAGAUAGCAAAAUAGAUGCACUUAUGAAAAAAAAAUAGUUUGAUUUGUAAUUUACUGCCAGCAUCUCACUGUUCUGACUUGCUGAACAGUAUACAGUAAUUUAUGUCUAUGAUGGACUGCCAUCGUUUUAUCACUUAUAUUUCUAAGAAAAUGAUUCUUAUUUAAGUUUUGUCAACUAGAUCAGUGUUUCUCAAACACAAUCCUAGUGGAUUACCAACACUGCAUGUUUUGGAUGUCUCCUUUGUCCUCAGCACCCAUUACAGGUCUUUUAGUCUCUGCUAAUGAGCUGAUUAUCUGAAUCAGGUGUGUUUGGUUAAGGAGACAUGGGCUGCAUCUGAAAUCGCAUACUUCCAUAAUAUAUAGUAUGCUAAAAACAUUAUGCGAGCCGAGUGGUAUGUGCGAAUUCAUAAUGCUGCAUCCCAAUUCACAUACUAUCCAUCCUAAACAGUAUUUGGAAAUAGAAUUAGUAUGUCCCUAAUCAUAGUAUGUUGAAAAGAGUAUACCAAAGGUUUCCGCAUUUACUAUUUCGGUAAAAAUUUCAACUGUAGAACCAUCCAUACUCUUGGACGUGAAUUCGAUUAGAACUACAAACGCGGGUGAAAAGUAUUAAUAAACUACAAACAUGUUGGAUGCACGAGACCAACCGUAAAGUAGAAAGGCUUCGAUAAAGAUGUUUGUAUGACUGUUGCUUAAUAUCUAGCCAACAGGAACAUAUUUACAGAUGUUACUACUUCAAUGUGUUCCUUUUGCUGCCAUUCAUACCUCGGCGACGGUCGGGUUUCCACAACACUAAACAGACUUUUCUGUGCGUACCUUAUGUGAUCAGAUGUGUUCAAUUAAAAUAUAAUUUUUAUUUAGUUUUCUUAGUAAUAAACAUGAUCUUACGAGGGCUUAAAGUAUUCCGGCACCAUGCCGGAUCUCCGGUGUGCGGCCGUGAGAGAAAAAAAAAUAGAGCUUGCACAUGCGGUUUAGUUGGGGAUGCUCAAAAUAACCGAUUAAGCAAUAACUGAAAGGGCGCGUUUGUAACCGACGGUCCCGGUCCAGCUGGUUAUGAACAAGGAGGCGGAGAGAAUGCGCUGUUUAGUUUUGGCUUGAUAUAUUUAAAUAAAAACUAACACCGAACUGCUUUUAACGCUCAAAAAGUUAAACUAAAAUGCACAACUCUUGUUGGUUGCACCCGCGGGAUGCACAAUGAACCAAACGCGCCAUUAUUUUAAUUCUAUAUUCGUGAAGAAUGAGCCAUGAGAUUAAGAUUUUUGAAGGUGCUCUCUAGCGGCGAAGUUCCUGGCAGAGUAGCGAGUGAAAAAAUGUGCAUAAAGAAAUUGGACAAGAGGAAUAACAUUUUAAAUUAUAUAACAAGCAUCGUAUUCUUUCUAAUCCUCGCCCAGUUUUAAUACAAGUUGUGUUUUUUUUAUAUUUGUGGCUGGGAAGUUUAUUAAGAAUAUAUUUAUAAUUAUAUAUAAUUAAAUAAAUACAUA